ACAUUUAAAGUGAUGUUUCUUUUGACCCCAGUCCUGCAUUAUAAGAUUUAAUUUUCUAAUAUGCCGCUAGUGUGAAAUGGUUUAAAAGCACACGGGAAUUUUUAAACGCUGUUAUCGCCUUUUUGCUUAUUUUUUAUCGUAGUUCCAAUGAUGACUAAAUUGCAUUGCAUUUCUAUUUGCUCUUUUUCCUCUUACAAGGAACACAAAACAACAUUCGUGACCUUUGUCCUCACAACAAUCCUGUGGAGUAGAUUAGGCUGAGAGUCAGGCCAAACCUAAUGAGCUUCCUGGUCGAUUGGAGACUAAAGUCCAAAUCUCUUUGAAUUACAUAAAAUGAGCUGCAGGAUUACCAUUUGUUCUGUGUGCUUACGGGGAAAAGUGCAUACUACAAAACAGGGGUCUCUCUGUUCUUCUAUAGCAUUGCAUUAGCUUGGGCCCGGGUUUUGUUUCCUGGUGUUUCAAGCAUGCAGUGAGAUAUUGGGGAAUGUCUGAUACAGGAUUAUGUUCUAAGUUAGGAUGACUUAAUCUUAUUUUUCUAUACUGUGCAAUAGCCAAAAGUCUCUCUUGACUUCCCUUUGGAUAUUGGACAGUAUGUUCUGGUAAACACUGCAGCACAGUUUGCAUUAAUUUUCUUUUACCCAAUGCCAUGGGCUGGCCAGUUCACUGUAUGCUUCCAAAGCCCUGUGCUCUUCAAUGUUGAAAAUGAUAUGAUCAACUUCAAACAAAAUUUAAAAGGAAAACUGCACACUGAAUACUAAAGCCACAGCCAGUAGCUGGAAAUCAUAGCCAUUUAACAACAGCAGCCCAUAAAAACAGCAAAUCAUUAUUAAGCAAGAAAAGCUUCCUGAAAUGAAAACUUCAGUAGACAGAUUAGUGUUGCACUGUUGCUCUUUUCCAGUUUUUUUCCCCUACUGCUUCAUGUAUUAGAUUAAAGGCAAUUAGAAACACAGGUGUUUGUAUCAAACACUACUCAUCUUGUGCAGGAAGGAUGUCUAACACUCCAGUAGCUGUGGUGACUGGCUCCAACAAAGGCAUUGGGUUCGCCAUUGUACGGGCUCUAUGCAAGCAGUUUUCUGGAGAUGUGUACCUGACAUCCCGCAACAUUGAACGGGGCAAGGCAGCAGUGGCUAAGCUGCAGGAGGAAGGACUGAAGCCGCUCUUCCACCAGCUGGACAUCGAUGAUCAGCAGAGUAUCCAAACUCUUCGCGACUUCCUGAAGGAGAAAUAUGGAGGAUUAAAUGUGCUAGUCAACAAUGCAGGGAUUGCUUUCAAAGUUGCGGAUACAGCACCAUUUGCUGUGCAAGCAGAAGUCACAAUGAAAACAAACUUUUUUGCAACCAGAAACGUUUGCAAAGAGCUGCUACCACUGUUGAAACCCAACGGCCGAGUGGUGAAUAUCUCUAGCAUGUGUGCCAUUUCAGCACUGGCUAAAUGUAGUCAAGACCUACAGCAGAAGUUUCGGAGUGAUACAAUCACUGAGGAGGAACUGGUGAAGCUUAUGGAAAAGUUUGUAGAAGAUACUAAGAAGGGAGUGCAUGAGAAGGAGGGUUGGCCAAAUCAUGCUUAUGGAGUGACCAAAAUUGGAGUGACCGUUUUGUCAAGAAUUCAGGCAAGGAUGUUAAAUGAAACAAGGAAAGGUGAUGGCAUUCUCCUGAACGCCUGUUGCCCUGGGUGGGUCAGAACUGACAUGGCAGGUCCGAGAGCUACCAAAUCUCCAGAUGAGGGAGCUGAGACUCCAGUUUAUUUGGCUCUUUUACCUCCUGGUGCUGAUGGGCCUCACGGACAGCAUGUUAGUGAAAAGAAAGUACAGAAGUGGUAAUUGUUCAGUCAUGCUCCUGGAUAUACACACUGGAAAUUCUAGAUACUUGGCUUGAUCAAAAUGUGCAACAAAUUGAAAAAGUUAUGUAGGAGAAGAGAAAAUUGCACGUAGCAGGGGUGGGAGAUGGUCCUUCAGAUUUAUUGGACUGCAAUUCCUAUCAUGUCUCACCAUUGCUUAUGCUCAUGUGGGCUGAUAGGAGUUGCAGUCCCACAUUGUCUGGAAAACCAUUCAUUGAUGAUCAGUGGCAAAUAACAAUGGGAAAAAGUUAUAUAGGACUGCCUGUCCACACAUCUGUUCACUAGAUGAUAUUUUCAGCUACCCACAAGAGGCUUUUAUAGUGCUUUUUCUUCUGUUGAUUUGAGCAACUCACUCAAUUGCUUCACCUGACUAUUACUAUUUUGUUAAUCAUUCACUCUUUACAAAAUGUGUGUGCCUAAUUUUCUCAUUUUUGGUCAGGGUUAUUUUUAUAGCAUAUUGGAUAAGCUAUUGAAAUCUAAUCUUACUGUAUGCUAACAUCAAAUAAAAAUUAUUUUCACAGAUAUAA